AUGCACGUAGACGACGCCACAAUCCCCAUAGCUGCGAGCCCGCCUCCAGCAUCGACCGAGCCAAACCCGGACUCGCCGCCGGAAGCCGAGGCGCCCCCACAGGCACCGCGUCAAUUUCCACCUCCUGGCACGCUGGUGGUCGUACAAGGCGUCGUAAACACCACCGAUGUCCCCUCCUCCGAUCGCGCAGCAUCGUCGUCUCGACGCCCAUCACGCUCGACGACACCACGCCCGUCUGGCCUGCAGGCUGUAGCUGGGCAGCGCCAGGGGGAUUCUACAUCAGUUUCUGCGGCUCGUGAUGGCGAGCGGCAUGGUACGAGGAAUAGGCUGUCCUCGUUCAUUAAUCGCUCGAGGCUAUCACCCGAUUCUCGGUCGGCCGAGCCUCCAUCGUCGAAUCGCAGCUCAGCAGUCUCCUCAGAUCUGUCAUCGAGUAUCGCUGGCCAGGACACAGUCUCUGCGGAGGAAUCAUCGAUCGCGGAUGACCACGACUCUGACCACGACGACGGCGAUGCACACCCAAGACCACUGUCGCAGGGCAGCAUUGAUGUAUUGGGAACAUUGCUCAGCGUUGCUGCGGCUGCCACUGCCGCUUCGCUGUUCUCCCCAGGUUUUGCUUUUCCCGGAGCGAACAACAGCGGUAACAGCUCAGAUGCAGUACGGCCCAUGUCACCAACCCCGACAGCGGGCCUGGGUAACCUUGCUGGCUUGGGUGCUCUUGCCGGAUUAGGCAUGGAUCCGUCUGGUGCCAGCGUAGGUCAGGGCCAGGGAGCCUCACAACCCAGGGACGGACGUGACCGUAUCCGGAACGUCUGGGAGAGUGUGCGCGACCGCCUAGGGCUUCAACCUCGUGGACAGUCAGACGGUAACGCUUCAGCUGAGGGUGACAAUCCGAAUGAGAUCCGUAUGCGUCCUGGCGACAUGUUCGCUGAGAUGGCGCGCGCUCUCAACAUCGGCCUCGGGCUCGGGGAUGGGAACGUUCCUGGGACUCGCCAGUCGGACUCGAAUGACGGAGACGACGUGCCUGCGACCGAGGAAGGUGCUGAUACUGCAGAUGCUGCCGCCGGUGAUCAUGCCGAGCGACCACCGCCGCCUGAAGACAGCUUUGAGCGAUUCCUGUUGAACCUCCAGGCGGAUCUCAGGGCAGCAUUGUCUGACGAUGGCGCUGGUCACGGGGAAUCAAGGAGAGAGAGGAACAGCGUGCUCUCUUCUGUUCCUUCCACCUUUGCUUCUUCCGAAGACCAGCAGCCCGUAGCAGGGCCUUCAAAUCCCCGCCCAUCGGCCGACUCUGCGCAGAUGGCUGAGGCUGCAGCGCAGACCUCUGACAGUUGUGCUGAGGGCGAAGAUGACCUUCCUCCGCUUCAGGACGUGUCCGAUUCCGAUUCUGACUCUGACAACGAGGGCGAUGAUGACGAUGACGAUGCUUCGCACGACAACCAUGCUGAACGCUCAGACGCGCCUCGCUCACCACGGACACCGACUCCAAUACCUACCGGGCCGUUCCCGUUCGGACCCGACACCCGGCAUGCAGGCGAUGGCGAGCGGAGACCGCCAGGCGUCAACCUAUGGCGGUUAUACCGCUUUGCGCCUAUUCCUGCUUCUCAUACUGCUGGGCAUGCGGCCGGCACGAGUGCUGUCCCUACAAACCCGCCUGCAGACGCUCAUGCCACACCCUCGCCUGGAGCUCCUACUAGUACCACAGCCGACGAACCCGACACCGCUGCACCUACUCACGCAGAGGACGUGGAAGACAGUGCGACGCCGUCGACAGCACCUGCGACAGAUCCGAACGCGAACGUCGUUGUGCCUGUCAUCGUAGUCGGCCUCCAGUCCGUCGACAUGAAUCGCAACAACGAUAAUGCGCAUACACAUGGCCCUGACGUCCAGACCCAAGAUGACACACGGUCAUCGGAGAGUGAUUCGCGUUCGUUAGAUGAGUGGCGGGACAGUCCUACCCCCGGAGCAGGUGCUGGCCAGUCGCAAUCGCGUGGAAGGACGUGGCAAUCCCGUGCGGCAAGUGCACUCAGGGGCUUGCGGCCUGGACGUCGUACGUCGAGGAACAGGCAAAACAGGGAUACUGGUGCGAGGACGUUCUUGAUCUAUGUCAUCGGAGGUUACUACCCGCCGAAUCACCACAUGGUCACUGGCUCGGACAGCCUCGACUCCUAUGAGGCUUUAUGGGAACUUGCUGAGCUGUUGGGCCAAGUGAAGCCGCCCGUCGCGACACGGGAAGACAUCGACAAUUCUGGCCUGCAGAUCAUCAAGUCCUCCGAGCUUGCACGUUAUGAGGAAGAAGGUCGCGUUGCGUCCAACUGUGUCGAGCGAUGCCUGAUCUGCCUCGAGGACUAUGAGCCGGAAGAUGCCCUACGCCUCAUGUCAUGCAAACAUGCUUACCACCAGGAGUGCGUCGAUAGAUGGCUGCAAGUUGGCCGGAACAACUGUCCUGCUUGUCGGUCUAAGGUUUGUCACGCAUGA